AUUUUUUUACAUUAAUCUGCUUUCAGCAAUAACCACAGCAUACCAUAUGACCAUAAUAAUAUAUUAUUCGAAAAUACUAUUUUAGAGACUUCAAUUUUUAAAUAAAUACCCGUGCACUUUAUAUUAUCCACGAAAUAACGGAACAAUAUAGAAAUGGGUGAAGAGGAACAAGCUACACUAGAUGGACAGUUUUACGAAUUUGCAAAACUUCUCGACACUAAAAGGGACGGUCGAACAAUUACACUGUACCGUUCUGAUUACUGGAUGAGGCAAGCUAAAAUUUUAGAUGACAGAAAAAUCACAAUGACCGAUACCGGAUUACUUUUCAAUAAAUUCAGCAAAACAGAAAUAACAUUCGAUGAGUGGAUUGAAUUUUUAACAGAACUUUGUGAAGUCAAGCAACUGGAUUUGGAAAAGAUACAAGAAAUGUUAAUAAACUGUGGCCUCCCAGGCCAAACGCCUGUCAUAGUGCCACAGUAUAGAGAUUAUUUCUUAACUUAUAAACCAAAGGAGAAAGCUCUGUUUUGAUAUUUUGCUGUUUUUUUCAUUUGUUGUAGCGGUUAAACUUACUACCUACUGAUGGUCGCGGAAUCGAUUCCCGCUCAAUACAAACAAUUUGCCUAUUCAUGGAUAUGGUAGUUUAUUUUCUAUACAUAAUAUGUACAUAUUAACAAACAAAUAUAUUUAAAUAUUUUUGUCAGUUACAAUGUCAAACAUAUAGCAAAGUCCAGUGUUACAAUUCUAUUAUAUGAUUAAGUUCCGUUAUCGUAUAUCUUUGUCCAGGAAUUCGCAUUACGCGUCAAUGCUCAUUGUAGCUUACAAUUGUACAUCCUGUAUUACAGGAAUCGUAGUGUUUGUUAUACUGAACACUCUGUAUAUUCCCUAAUAUAUUAUAUUUCUAGAUAAGUAUACCGGAAUUGUUCUAAUACAUUGAAACAAUAAAAUGAUAUGAGUAAUUCUCACUAGUAUAUCCUAUAUAUUAUUUUGUUAUUAUCAAUAUAAAUAUAAUAAAUGAAAUCUUUUUUUUAAUAUUUUGUUCUGUUUUCUUUUUAUUACAUUGUUAGUAAACUAAAUUUACUUGUUAUCUUUGUAAAACA